UAGCAGAGAAAGUGCGCUCGGACGACGCAAGCUGAGUCCAACGUUUGGCACUGGCUACUCCGGAAUGGGCAGCCCGACUCGAUCAUCGUUGCUGGGUUCAGGCAGUGCGUCUGGGGAAGAUCAACCUAGCCGGGUUACAGAACCGGCGGAGAACUGGAAGAGAGCCGCAGAGGUGACCAGCCAGUUGAAAGCAAGAAUCGAGCAGAUGAAGGCGAGACAAGGACUCAACCGACCAGCUGCCCAACGUUAAUGACCUACUAUGUUUUGUUCUGUCUCUAUUCCUACCUCUGCAUUAAUAAUUAUUCUUCCCUUUUCUUCUUUUUUAUUUUCUUACGUCGAAUGAAUGCUUUCGAUGGCGAGUGUUCUCCCGACCCAGCGUUGGCUGGCUAUUGGAAUUUUAUUCGUCAUGGCUGUCAAUACUCGCUGUUUGUCUCAUCUGUAGCCACCACCUGGGCUUGCUUUGGACGGAUGGUGCAUUUUCUGCUGGCACCUUGGAUGUAUAGAUUCCUUCUGUACCAUUUUCUUGUGAUUUUAUACGGUGUGAAAGGGGGUAAUGGCAAAACGGGAGGAAAUCAAUGUCGGGGUCAUGGCUCGGUUCAUCUCACAGGGUGGGCGAUUUCUCAAAUCAAAAAGACUGCAUCUCUUUGCCCGUACUUGCUUCGAUCAUAGAUCACUUCUCAGUAUCCAUAGAGAGAUAGUCGCG